ACGAACAAUGAAAGGGAUUGUCAAGACUAACCCAUUUACGAUGAGUGGUUAUUUUAAUGUGAAUAACCCAUGUAAAAUUAACAGUGAUGUGGUAUAUGAUUCUGUUAACGACCAGUUCAUUUCCUUCCUAUCCGGAUCUCUUUGGGGCUGUCGAUGGGGCGACGAAAAUAAAGAGAUCCGAUCAAACACUAUUUCGUGGAGUUAUCCGGCUUUGGACUCAGAAGAUCGACUUUUGUUUGGCUAUUGGGACAAUUGUAUUGUAUCCCUGAGAUUAGACGAUGCUUCUGCAGAACCUGUUGUUGUAGUCAAUGGAACAACCGUUGAGAAUGAACUUGUUUUAGAUACAGAGAGAAAUGAAAUUUAUUGGUGGACACAUCUAAAUGACAAAGACCACCGUAUCAACAGAGUUAGUUACAAUGGUGAUUCGGAGAUUCAGGUUUGGGGAUCAUCCAGCCCUCUCAAAAUGAUUACUUUUCAAGCUCCCAGGAGCCUGAGGGGCGGGGCCAAAAAGGUGGAAAUUGACUAA